AUGCGUCGGCAGCACCAGUUGAACUCUCGUAAACUUGAAACGUCGUGCAAAGUUUUUCUCCUGGGACUAAAAUCUAUGUCCCAAGACAAAGUUUUGUUCAACAAACAUGAUUUCCAGAUUGUAAUAAUCGUAGGAGUGCUUGGCCUAGUAAACAGUCAAAGUGUAAAUAUUGAUACCAGUACAUGCACUAGCUUCAAUGCUACUGUCAAAAAGUGUACAGAUGAUUACCCCUUAAGUUAUAUUCUAGAUAAAUCAACCAUCGUAUUACUCUUAGAUAAGGCGAAUUUUAAGAGUCGAAUUGCAUGUUUUAUAACAGCAUAUAGAACAUGUGCAAGUGACGAAUUUCAAAGUCUGUUUGCUUCUGGUGAAUCUUAUAAACAGGCUUUUGACGAGAUCUGCAAGGAUAAGGACAAUUUUAAUGCAACGUGUACGUAUAAUGCUAAUUCCUGUGCUAGUAUUUCAUUUGGUGGGCAAAAUUUAAUUCCACCAAACAAAUAUACAACAUUCUCAGGUCACAAGACUUUUUACUGCGGAUACACGAAAAUAUUCAAAACCUGUUUAGAAACAGAUACCGUAUUAUCAAGUUGUCCCCAGUCUCAAUGA